AUGCAGCUACUGCGCAAAGGCAUAAUCGCGUGGAGCAUACACCCAGGCGAUGACAACAAUAACGACAAUAACGACAUUGUUCCUCAACCCACUAAAACCUCUUCAUCAACCCUUCAUGAAAGCACUACAUCCAUGAACAAAUCCUCCACACCCCACAAACCCGAUCUUAGCCGCUGGAAGCCUUUGCUCAGUGAGCAGGCUUAUUCGGUCAUGUUUGAACACGGCACCGAGCGUGCAGGCUCUAGCCCACUCAACCAAGAAAAGCGCGAUGGCACUUACCUAUGCGCUGCCUGCUACUCGCCAUUGUUUGACAGCAGCUACAAAUACGACAGCGGUACAGGAUGGCCCAGCUUUUGGCAAUCUAUUGGAGGAGCUUUGGGCUUUAGCAAUGACCACAGCUUGGAUUAUCCACGCCAAGAAUACCACUGCGCACACUGCGGUGCCCACCAAGGCCAUGUAUUCCCAGACGGCCCACAGCCCAGCGGUUUGCGCUUUUGCGACAACGGCGUAGCACUACACUUUGUAGCCAGGGACGAAGAGAUGCCAGAAGUACGCCAGCCCUGA